AGUUGAUUGCCAGUUCUGAGGUCAGAAGUGUGUCUGGGGAGGCCAGAGGCUGGCCUGAGCCUGGCUCUGGGGAUCCCCUGCAUCCAGAAGAGCCAACUGACCACCCUGUUCCUUCACCUCCUGCCGGGACCAUGGGGGCUGGGGCCAGCGCUGAGGAGAAGCACUCAAGGGAGCUGGAAAAGAAGCUGAAAGAAGAUGCCGAGAAGGAUGCUCGAACCGUGAAACUGCUGCUUCUGGGCGCUGGUGAGUCUGGGAAGAGUACCAUUGUCAAGCAGAUGAAGAUCAUCCACCAGGAUGGGUACUCGCUGGAAGAGUGCCUCGAGUUCAUUGCCAUCAUAUAUGGCAACACGCUACAGUCCAUCUUGGCCAUCGUGCGCGCCAUGACCACGCUCAAUAUCCAGUAUGGAGACUCUGCGUGCCAGGACGAUGCCCGGAAACUGAUGCACAUGGCGGACACCAUCGAGGAGGGCACGAUGCCCAAGGAGAUGUCAGACAUCAUCCAGCGGCUGUGGAAGGACUCGGGUAUCCAGGCCUGUUUCGAUCGCGCCUCGGAAUACCAGCUCAAUGACUCUGCUGGCUACUACCUCUCGGACCUGGAGCGCCUGGUAACCCCGGGCUACGUGCCCACUGAACAGGACGUGCUGCGCUCGCGUGUCAAGACCACUGGUAUCAUUGAGACGCAGUUCUCCUUCAAGGACCUCAAUUUCCGGAUGUUCGAUGUGGGCGGGCAGCGCUCAGAACGCAAGAAGUGGAUCCACUGCUUCGAGGGUGUGACCUGCAUCAUCUUCAUUGCGGCGCUCAGCGCCUACGACAUGGUGCUUGUGGAGGACGACGAAGUGAACCGCAUGCACGAGAGCCUGCACCUAUUCAACAGUAUCUGCAACCACCGCUACUUCGCCACCACGUCCAUCGUGCUCUUCCUCAACAAGAAGGACGUCUUCUCGGAGAAGAUUAAAAAGGCGCACCUCAGCAUCUGCUUUCCGGACUACAAUGGGCCCAACACAUAUGAGGACGCGGGCAAUUACAUCAAGGUGCAAUUCCUCGAGCUCAACAUGAGACGCGACGUGAAGGAGAUCUAUUCCCACAUGACGUGCGCCACCGACACACAGAACGUCAAGUUUGUCUUCGACGCUGUCACCGACAUUAUCAUCAAGGAGAACCUCAAAGACUGCGGCCUCUUCUGAGGUGCCUGAACUCAUGUGUUCCUGAGACCCUGUAGCCCUUGCCGCCUUGUAGCCCCAAUCCGCAUGACCCCUACCAGCCCCCCAGGACUCCUGGGCCCCAGCCUGUGGCCCCACCAGCCACAGAUUCAAAACCCUAAGCCCUGCUAACCUUGAGGGACUUACCCUCCCCCAUGGCUCCCAGGAUUCCCAGGUCUCCCAGAGUCCGGUGCCCCCAGCCACCCCAGCACUGCCCUUCACGGCCUGGCUGCACUGGCCUCCAGGACCCACCACAGCCAGCCCCAGCUAGGAGCAAGCAGUACUUGGGGCAGCUACAGCUCACGGUGACUCAGCAGUACCCCACUGACCAAUCUCCUGCUGCUCUCCUGCCCCAGGAGGCCCGUGAUUCACCUGGUGGGUCUGGGUUCAGCAAACAGCCCUCCCUCCCAGAGUUUCAUGAAGGGCAGGGGGGCAGGAAGGGAACCCUCCUCCAAGCAGGCCUGCUGCUUACCAUCAGCCCCUUCUAGCCUUACCACCUCCAUGUGACAAGUCUGACACCCAUCUGCCCAGUGGCCAGUGACUGCCCCACCCAGCAGGUUUAGGGGUCCAAAGUCCAAGCCAGCUCUGGCCUGUGAAACUCAUACAUAGACAAAUUAGUGAGUGGGGGCAAGCCUGGGAGCUCCUGGUGCCAGGAAGAAACUCAAGCUGGACCCUUCCCCACAUAUCCUAACCCCUUCCCCCACAGGCUCUGUCCCCUCCGUGCUUGGACACUGUAUUCAUGUCCUACUCACUUACACACCCACAGUACUCCAGGCCAGUCUGUUGAGGGAGGGUGCUGUUGACACCAGCUGUGGCCAAUGGCUGAACUGUCCUAAGGGGUGGCUGGGAGCAGAGUCCGGCUCCCAUCGAUCAGCCCCAGGAAGGGGAUUUGGGACAGGAAGGAGGCCCAGAUUGUGCCCAGGGGGUCUGCCUCAGGUAGGGUCAUAAGCAAACCCAGGUGACCCUCUUGUCCCUGCCAGCAGCUUCUCUCAUCCUUCCCAUUCAGGGCCCAUUCCCUGGUGGGAAAAACUGAGGUCCAUGCCUGAACCAUCAGUGACAAAGGCAUCCAUGUCCCUACACCCCUGCUCCCUACUUCCUCAUCAAGCACCAAGUCCUCGCUGAUGCCCGUGGGCUGGGGCCUGUGCUGUAGUCGAGGGCAAGGAGCAUCCGUCUAACAAGGCCAGGGCAUAAUUUGCACUCCCUUCAUAAUUUGCCAGGGCAUAAUUUGCUAGAUACACAGACUCAGCAAUAAAUCUUUGCAUCAGGC